GUGAUUUGGAAGCUGUGAACCUGUUUUCUCGCUGCUCCCGCACCUGGUCUGUGUGAGUGGAACACCGCCAGCAUCCUCAGCAGCCGGCGCGCGGUUUGCUCUCCUCUCUCCAAACUUUUUCCUUCCUUCUUCCCCUCAUGAAGAACUUCAACUCUUAUUGCCCUCCGACCACCAUCCAUCACGACCAAAGGGUAGUUCCCUGUAUUACCACCACCACUCCUUGUAGCAGUAAAGUCUCAUCCUCCAAAAUGGGUAGCGUUGCCGACUCCCAGAAGAAGCGCGAUGUGUCGUCCUUCUUCGCGGACUUCAUGAUGGGCGGUGUCUCCGCCGCCGUCUCGAAGACCGCUGCCGCCCCGAUCGAGCGUGUCAAGCUGCUCAUCCAGAACCAGGAUGAGAUGAUCAAGCAGGGCCGUCUCGCCACUCCUUACAAGGGCAUCAGCGAGUGCUUCGUCAGGACCUACAACCAGGAGGGUCUUGCCUCCUUGUGGCGUGGUAACACUGCCAACGUCAUUCGUUACUUCCCUACUCAGGCCCUGAACUUCGCCUUCAAGGACUACUUCAAGGCGCUCUUCAAGGUUCCGAAGACCGACCCAUACUGGAAGCAGCUCUCGGCCAACCUGGCCUCGGGUGGUGCCGCCGGUGCCUCUUCGCUUCUGUUCGUCUACUCGCUUGACUACGCCCGUACUCGUCUCGCUAACGACGCCAAGUCUGCUGCCAAGGGCGGUGGAGAUCGUCAGUUCAACGGUCUCGUUGACGUCUACCGCAAGACCCUCGCUUCGGAUGGUAUUGCUGGUCUCUACCGUGGUUUCCUCCCUUCCGUCGUCGGUAUCGUUGUCUACCGUGGUCUCUACUUCGGCAUGUACGACUCGCUCAAGCCUGUCGUUCUCACUGGUGCUCUUGAUGGCAGCUUCCUUGCAUCAUUCCUGCUCGGCUGGGGUGUUACUACUGGUGCUGGUGUUGCUUCUUACCCGCUCGACACCAUCCGUCGUCGCAUGAUGAUGACCUCCGGUGGCUCGGGUCCUCACUACAAGGGCAUGUUCGACGCUGGUCGCCAGAUUGUCGCCAAGGAGGGCAUCAAGUCGCUCUUCAAGGGUGCUGGUGCCAACAUUCUCCGUGGUGUUGCCGGCGCUGGUGUGCUUUCUGGAUACGACAAGCUCCAGGAGCUCAUGUUCGGCAAGGUCUACAAGGGUGGUUCGGGCUAAGUAACCUCACUUUAGCCUCGCAGUUACCCGUCUCUGCAGUAGUUCGCAAUCAAUGGGCUCCCUGCGUAUCUCUGCGCGUCCGGCUACAGGGUGAAACCUCUGUCGUUAAGCUCUGCUUCUAUAGAUGUCCCAUUUUGCGUUGCAAUCAAAACAAGUCUUUCUUGCAAAUUCAUCAAGCUAUUUCUCUUUUA